AUGCACAAGCAGAUCGUAGCUCCUCCUGACUUGAAGAGCUUCUCCAAGGUCCUCCUGGAGGUAUUCUUUCCAGUGUUCGCGUUCUCCAACUUCAGGGUCUACUCUGUCGAGAUGCUGGGGAAAUGGUAUAUGGCUUGUGUGGGCUCUGCCAUCGUGAUGAUCAUCGGCGCGCUGAUGGGGCAGCUGGGCGCUUUCAUCUUACGCUUGCGGCCGCCCUACUCGAAAAUCCUGAUUCUCAGCACGACCUUCGGGAACUGUGGAGCUCUGCCCUAUGUGUUGCUACCUCCGAUCGUGAGUAACUGGAAACGAGUGAAUGGGAACCCGGAGGAUGCCCUGGCGGAAGGCUUUGCCGUCAUCUCCUUCGCCACGGUCUGGACGAUGGCGCUCUUCUUCCUGGGCCGGCCCUACGCUCUUUCAAUGAAGCCGACAGGGACGGGGACGGCAGACUCCGAAGCCGAAGCCGAAGGCAUCCUCCGUAAGCUGCGGGCCGUGGACAGCGUCGUCUGGUGUGCUUUGGCGGGCAUCGCCGUGGGAUGCGCGGCUCCCCUACGAGACUUUCUAAGCGAUCGAGCCGAGGGUCCGCUGCGCUUUGUCGGUUCCUUUGCUUCCAACUUUGGGCCCGCUGGGGUCCCACUCUCAACGAUGAUCCUAGGGGGCUCGCUGUACGUGGGAGCCAGGGCUGAGAUCCAGAGGAGGCGUGGGGCGAAGGCGAAGGCCCCGGCCGCCUCAGAUUUGGAAGAGAGGCCUGAGGCUUCUGAGGAAGACUCAGAAGGCUCGCAGUUGUUGCGGCUCUCUGUGGGUGCGGCCUUCAUCAAGCUGCUGCUGAUGCCAGCCAUCUCGAUCCCUUUGCUUGUUCUUGCGGUGAACGUCGGGGCCCUCCCAGAGGAUCAGCCCAUGCUGUUCAUGGUCUUGGUGAUCCAAACUGGAGUGCCGUCGGCACAGACCGCCCUGGCACUCCUGGUUUCAGCUGGUUUACAGAAACAAGCGGGGCAGAUGAGCAUCGUCUACCUUCCGAUGUACAUUGCCUCAGUGUUCACCCUGGCUGCCCUUAUUGUUGUGGCCGUGACGCUUUCCGAGGACUUCAACAUCUCUGCAUCCUGA